CAUAAUAUUGGAAGUUUUUUCCUUGAAUCCUCGUGAAGAACGGCAUUGCGAAAUUCCUUUUUUAUAUUGGAUGCGUUUUAAUAGUGAAUUAAACAAGGUUAAAAUAUAAGAACUUCUGGCAGCUCUUACGAAGAACAGAUGUUGUGUUGUAGUUCUCCCAAAGAAAAUGUUUUGUUUACUUGUGCGGCAAGUUAGGAAAUCGGGUCGACUGUUUUCGCCAAAUAGCAAUACAAAAUUCUUAUCCAAGCAACUCUUGCACCUCAGUCAAACUAAAAGACAUGGUGAAUAUGAAUGGCAAGAUCCGAAAUCGGAGGAUGAUGUGGUACGCGUAAUAUAUAUUGAUAAGGAUGGUAAACGGUUAGAAGUGAGAGGCAAAGUAGGUGAUAAUAUCUUGUAUUUAGCUCACCGCUAUGAAAUUGAAAUGGAAGGAGCUUGCGAAGCGUCCUUAGCUUGUACGACAUGUCAUGUGUAUGUAAAGGAUAAUUACCUAAAUAAAUUACCACCCGCCGAAGAGAAAGAGGACGAUCUACUGGAUAUGGCACCGUUCUUACGGGAAAAUUCCCGUUUGGGUUGUCAAAUUAUACUCACUAAAGAUCUAGAUGGCAUUGAACUGGAGCUUCCCAAAGCGACACGUAAUUUUUAUGUUGACGGCCAUAAGCCUAAACCUCACUAAGUCAAUAUAUAUAUAUAUAAAUAUACAUGUGUAUAUAUAUGUGUAUUGUAGUUUUAGAAAAUUUCGAAUUUCGAAUUUAUG